AACGCAAAGCAGCGUUUGUUGUUUACAAACGAAGAAGUCAUAGCAAUUGGCGUCUUAAUAAAAAUGCGGUUUCAUGUUACUAUAGCUUCGCGAACUCAAAAUGCAACGUUAUCGAGAAAAUCGAAAAUUAAGAAUUGAUUUUGGUCACGCUUCUAACCAAUCUUUAAAUUCAUUUUCAGGAAAACCGCAAAGAAUGUCUGACUGGGGUGAAGAGGAACACGACACAGGCCGCGGCUUCGGCAAUGGCUUUGAUCACUGCAAAAAUGACGAGAACGGAGGAAAUGGUGACUACAAUGAUACCGAGGACGCCGACAAUGGAAAUCGAGGAUUUGGAAAUAGACGUGGUCGUGGCAGUGGACGAGGUCGCGGUGGACGAGGUGACAGACACGGAGGGGGUGGUUAUGGCGGUGGACCUCGGAACAAUGAUGACAAUCAAGACAAUGAAAACAGAGAACGUGGCGGUGGAGGUUUUCGUGGCGGCCGCGGCGGUCGCGGCGGUGGUGGGCGUGGCGGCCGGGGAAAUCGUAAUGGUUUUGGUGACCGUAAUGAUGGAGACAGAAAUGGAGAUGACGACAAUGGUUUCAAUAACAACAAAGGCGAAAACGAGGGCGAGCAGAAACAGCGUGAGUUUUACAUACCUCCGGAACCCACUGAUAAUGAAGACGAGAUCUUUAGUAGUGGAAUCUCAUCGGGAAUAAAUUUCUCCAAAUAUGACAAUAUACCAGUCCGGGUGUCAGGCGAAAAUGCUCCGCUACCACUUAAAUCUUUUGAUAAUGCCGGCUUGCGCGAUUUGAUCAUGGAUAACGUGCGUAAGUCCGGAUAUAAGGUACCUACACCUAUACAAAAAACUGCUAUACCAGUGAUUAUGGAUGGGAGAGAUUUGAUGGCAUGCGCUCAAACGGGAUCAGGGAAAACAGCUGCAUUCUUGCUCCCUAUAAUCAAUGGAAUUCUGGGAGAGAGUUGUGAUUUGUCAAUCGGUAAACCGCAGGCGGUGAUUGUUUCUCCUACUCGCGAGUUGGCAAUACAAAUUUUCUCUGAGGCCCGAAAGUUUGCGCUGGGUUCCUAUUUGAAGAUAAGCAUUGUUUACGGUGGCACUUCAAGCAAACAUCAAGGCGAAAAUAUCGCAAAAGGCUGUCACAUUUUGAUAUGCACUCCGGGUCGUUUACUGGACUUCGUCGAAAAGGGUUUCAUAACAUUUGAGGAGACGCGUUACGUAGUGCUCGAUGAAGCCGAUCGAAUGAUGGAUAUGGGUUUCAAGGAAAAUGUAAAUACAUUGAUGCAUCAUCCGACAAUGCGCCCUAUGGACGAACGCCAAAACUUGAUGUUCUCUGCUACUUUCCCCGAGGAGAUACAGCGCCUGGCUGGCGAAUAUUUGUCCAAUUAUAUUUUUAUUACUAUUGGUGUGGUUGGUGGCGCCUGCUCCGAUGUUACCCAAGAGAUUUUUGAAGUUAAAAAGUUCCAGAAACGGUCUAAACUGAUGGAGUUGCUGGGCGAAAGCAGUGACGGGACAAUUGUAUUUGUUGAAACCAAGCGUGGUGCAGAUUUUCUGGCAUCUCUACUAUCGGAAACUGAGUUCCCAACUACUUCUAUCCAUGGCGAUCGCCUGCAGCGUCAACGAGAAAUGGCUUUAGCAGAUUUCAAAUCCGGAAAAAUGAAAGUGCUGAUAGCAACUUCAGUCGCUGCUCGUGGCUUAGAUAUUAAGAACGUUAAACACGUUAUCAAUUACGAUCUUCCUAAUUCCAUCGAUGAAUAUGUCCAUCGUAUUGGUCGUACGGGCCGCGUUGGUAACAAUGGACGCGCAACUAGUUUCUUCGAUCCCGAACAAGAUUCGGCCAUGGCCAGUGAUUUGGUUAAAAUUCUUGAAGGUGCAUCGCAGGAAGUGCCCGAAUUUCUCCGAUCAUGUUCCGGUGGAGGUGGCGGUGGUGGGUAUGGCAAUUCGCAAAGUAGAUUCGGCGGUCGAGACGUACGAAAAGGUGUUCAGUCUGACGACAAUUUUAUUAACUCAGCAGGACCUACGCCUUUGGAGGAGGAAGAAGUGUGGGAAUAAAUUGACAGUUCAAAACAAGAAGCGCAGAAUGCCAUUACUGAAUAAACCUCCAAAUAAUCUUGCAUUUGUACAUACACGCAUUUAAAUAUGUACUUUUUACCUUGAAUUCAAUUAAUUUCUCAUUCACUGCUGCUAAUUCUAGUAGACUUUAAAAUCUCAUUUUUAACAUAUGAAUUUAAUUUGUUCUAUUCUACAAAAAUUAAAAGACAAAAUAAAUGAAUUUGAUACCAAAA